AUGAAUUCUAAUAGAAAUAUUGAAGAUAAGACAAAUGAAAUCACAAAGAGCAUAACAAGUUUAUUGAGUGAAAAUCCAAAUGAAGAUUUUUUAACAAAACUUGAUGAACUUUACAAAAAUAAAUUUCAACGAAUUUUAUCGAUUGAAUUAAUCCAAUUAAUACUUCCAGAUCUUUACAAUAAACUAAUUGUAUUAACAUCACCAUUAAAUGUAGAAAAUGAUGAGAAUUCUUUCUUUGAACAAAUUACUACCUCUGGAAUUAUUUCAAAUGAUUUUCUUUAUAGUCCAAAUCCUUUGACAUUCACUAACGAACCAUUUUUUGCUUAUAUAUCAAAUAUUGAUCAACAAAAUCAAUUGAUUUACAUUCGAUCGGAAAAUGACACAGAAUAUAUGGAACAAUUAACAAAUAAUCUUCAUAUUUAUUAUUCAAAGUCAAUAUCUGAACAAUUUAUAGUUAAACAAGUGAAUGUUCAUCACNAAUCCUUUGACAUUCACUAA